AUGAAGAUAUUUCAGUGCUUAGCCGUUUCUGCCUCAGCCAAUCUUUUCGACGACGUCAUGGCAAACUACGAGACUCGACUUGAAAGAAAGCGUCGCCAGGCUGAAGAACCCCCAGCUCUUGAAGUACCUGGCUGUGAGGAGGGAGAAGUGAUGUACGAUGGAAUCUGCUUUGAAAAUACAGAUGAAAACAUCAACAAAUUGCUAGAGAUCCAAGAAGCUGAUCCGGAGAAAAACUCACUUACCAGGGCGAUCUCACAGCAUCAGAAAUGGACGAUGGUCCUUGCCCGACUUUUGUUCGGAAGAGAUGGCCACGAUGGCGUCCGAAUCAACAUCGAUCAAGUUUCGCGAAGAAUGUUCAACUAUGGUUGCCACUGCUGGCCCGACUACCCAGAGAACAAAAAGCUCAACGGAAAAGGUCAUCCGAUGGACAAGCUCGACGAAGGCUGCAAACACCUGAGAGAUUGCCACAUGUGCUUGAGAAACGAGUUCGGAGAAAAUGAACAAUGCGAUAGUGUCCAUACACAGUACUGGGCCCGAUUGAAGGAUGGAAAAGUUUUCUGCAAAGAUCCCCAAGGAACUUGCAAACGAAGCCUCUGCGAAUGCGACAAAGUCUUCGCAAUCAAUUUCGCGAAUCAUUGGGACCAGUGGCAGGCUGACAACGACAACUUGAAACAAGCAGGAACAUAUGACUCGAUCUGCCACCGCAAUGGACCGAGAGCGAUCGGAGCGGCUGAUUCUAGUGCUGAUUCUCUUGCUCUCUUCUCCGACGACGGUUCCAACGGAGGAGGCUCAAAUGGAAAACUUGAGUCUUCUUUUGAUGCCUCAGCAAGCUCUUCUAGCAGUGCUUCCAGCAGUUCUCUCAAAACUCAAUGCUGCGGAACCUACAACACGAAAAUCAUCCCUUACAAUCCGAACAAACACAUGUGCAUGGACGACAACAAACUCGUCCUUCUCUCCCUUCUCUAA